GCCAGACUCGGGUCAUCUCCAGGCACUCUUGGCGGCACCGGGUCUGGCUUCGGCGAUCGCGUCCGGACUGGAUAGCGGCGACCCCGGCUCUGGCAGCAUGUCUGAGAAGAGGCACGAAGCGGACCCCCAAACCCGGAGGGGCCCUGAUACCUUCAAGGAGAGCCCCUACACAGGCCUUGGAAUCUGUGGAUGGAUUUUGGUGUUUUUCUCAUUCUUGUUUACACUCGCAACUUUUCCAUUUUCAAUAUGGUUGUGCAUAAAGAUCAUAAAAGAAUACGAAAGAGCCAUCAUCUUUAGAUUGGGGCGCAUUUUACAAGGCGGAGCCAAAGGACCUGGUUUGUUUUUCGUUCUGCCGUGCACUGACAGCUUCAUCAAAGUGGACAUGAGGACCAUUUCGUUCGAUAUUCCGCCUCAGGAGAUCCUCACUAAGGACUCGGUGACAAUUAGUGUGGAUGGCGUGGUCUAUUACCGCGUCCAGAACGCGACCCUGGCCGUGGCGAACAUCACCAACGCCGACUCCGCCACCCGUCUGUUGGCGCAGACUACUCUGAGGAACGUGCUGGGCACCAAGAACCUCUCCCAGAUCCUCUCCGACAGAGAAGAAAUUGCGCACAACAUGCAGACCACCCUGGACGACGCCACGGAUGACUGGGGGAUCAAGGUGGAGCGCGUGGAGAUUAAGGACGUGAAACUGCCCGUGCAGCUGCAGAGGGCCAUGGCCGCGGAGGCGGAAGCAUCCCGGGAAGCCCGAGCCAAGGUCAUUGCAGCCGAGGGGGAGAUGAAUGCAUCCAGGGCCCUGAAAGAAGCCUCCAUGGUCAUCACUGAGUCUCCUGCAGCCCUGCAGCUCCGCUACCUUCAGACACUGACCACCAUUGCCGCUGAGAAAAACUCCACCAUUGUCUUCCCUCUGCCCAUAGACAUGUUGCAAGGCAUCAUAGGGGCAAAACACUGAGGCCUACCGGCCUCACCCACUGGGGAGCUCUGCCCCUCUGAGGACGAAGCAGGGACCAAACUAGCCUUUAACCCAUAAGGAGAGAGUGGGGAGGGCAGCUUGACCGUUCUCCCUCCCUUUCCUUUUCCAUCUAUUGAGUGUGAUAUUCCUAGAAUGUGUAGUGACCUGAAACAGAUAAAGAUUGUUAGCUUGUAAA